AUGGAUGAAAAAUCGCUAUAUAAACCAAACGUGGACUUCAACAAGCAGCAGCUCCAGAGACUCCAGGACAUAAUGUGUCUAGCGUUGGGUGUCGCUGCCGGUGCUCUAGGAUUGGAAUCUUUGGCCGGAGUCGCCUUGUAUCUUGUGGGCAUGACCGUGUCAAACUUGUCAUUUUAUGUCUUGUGCUGUGAGGGGAAACCGGAGCUUUUUUUCGCCGCUCCUUUGCGAGAGAUAUUUGUGGAUCAGGUUCCCUCAGGUGUAGCAGGAUACGUGAUGAUGUGGUGUUUGACGUAUGCUUUGGUAAAGUGA